AUGCCGCUCUGUCUCACCUUCAUCGACUUGAAGAAGGCCUUCGACUCAGUUGAGACGGAAGCGAUCGUGGGACCUUGGACAACUGAGGGACCGGGUGCAGAACGAUUUCUUACCGACAUGAUAGCAUGUCGUAUCUCGGACGGGAGAACGUCCAUCAUCCCUAAGAUGGUGAGGAGGCAAGUGGAUAUGGCUGUCGAAGAGAUCACAACAGAACUCGUGGAUCAUUUGAUCCGUUCCCCUUCUCGAUGUAAUGGUUGUCCCAUUUGGGUUCCGGAGAGCACUCAUCCUCGUAUUUCUAUUGGAGAAUUCUCGACAAGCGUAGCGAAUGCUCUUUCUUGCCUCUGCAGCUUCAGCCAGCACUUCUGCUCUUCUCUCUUUGAGGUGUUCCUUUAUCGCUUCUCUGCAAACCAUGCGAGCUCAGGCGCGACUUCUUGGUUGCAUGCAGCUCGUGCAGCUCCACGCUGA